AUGGCCGUUCAAACUAAGCCCGCAGCAGAGAAACCGCACGAGGUGUUCGAUCUAGACGCAGGCUGGAAGCUUCUACAGGAAUACAGCAGAAUACCAGUUCAAGAUAUGUACAAUCACGCCGAGAAUAUUAUGGAAAAGGCACUGCAAGUUGCACCAUAUCCAUGCAUCAGACGCUUCCGAUUCCUUGACCUCGUCAUGGUCACUACAGAUGUAUACCCCCUCAUCAUCAAGCGCCUGAAGCAAGGCGAAACGUUCCUAGAUCUAGCAUGCUGCCUUGGCCAAGAAAUCCGCCAACUCGUCCAUGACGGUGCACCGUCUGAAAAUACCUACGGCUCAGACCUCUACGAUGGCUUCUUCCCACUCAGCUAUGAGCUCUUCCAGGAUAAGAGUAGCCUGAAAACAACGUUUGUAGCAGCGGACAUCUUUGACGAUGCUUCGCCACUGAUGGGCCUGGCUGGUAAAAUGAACAUUAUUUAUGUGGGGGACUUUUUUCACCUGUUCAAUCUUGAAGAUCAGGAGAAGAUUGCAGAGCGGAUUGUUCAGUUACUGGUUGCGAUGCCUGGGUCGUUGGUUGUAGGACGGCAUUCGGGAGAUGGGAUUGCAGGUGAGUAUUCACGGGUUAGGGAUGGGAGUGGGCGAAAGCACUUUCAGCAUAAUCCACACAGUUGGAAAGAGUUGUGGGAUCGAGUUGGUGAAAGGACGGGGAGUUCGUGGCUUGUGAAUGUUGAGUUGGUGACCGAGUUCAAGUUUCGUUCGGUGGAUGAGGAAGUGUCGAACGAGUUUCAGAGGCUGCAAGGUGCAAAGGGGUUGAUGUACACUAUUGAGAGGAGGUGA